AUGUCCUUACUAUUAAUUGUUGGAAUUACAGGUCAACUCGGCCAACGUUUGGCUCAGGCCGCCCUUACCGACGGAAUGGAGGUUCGAGGAUUAGGACGAAGCCCAGCAAAGCUCAAUACCACAACGACCGAGCAACUAGAGUCUUUUAUCCAAAGCGACAACUACUACGAUAUAGCCGCUCUAGAUCGAGCUGUUAAUGGUGUGGAUGCAGUCAUUUGCGCCUACCAAGCCGAUCCCGUUUUGAACCUCGAUGGAUGUCUCUUGCUUCUUCGGGCUGCUGAAAGAGCGGGCGUUAAAACGUUUGUGGCGCCGACCUGGAACAGCAAUUGGUCGGCAAUUAAUUUUGGCGAUUUUGAACUAUACAACAGCGUCCUGGCAUUCAUCGAUCAUGCUGCAGCCACGAGUCCGAUUAAGCCAGUCUAUAUCAUAACAGGCUUCUUCGCUGAUUAUCUGCUUCUGCCAGGCAUGGGUCCCUUUGAGUCGAAUGGCAAGUCAGCAAAACUGCAUUACUGGGGGGAUCUGCACAAGAGGAAGAUCCCAUGGACUCCGAUGGAUGAUGCAGCUGUGUGGACCAUUGAGCUUUUGAAGCAUGCUGACGUAGCAGCUGGCAAGGGAGGUGUCUUUAAGUUUCAGUCCGGAAUGAAUACUCUCGAAGAGCUGGCACGGGAAUAUGAAACAGACACCGGUGUCGCUGUGGAGCUUGUCAAAGAUGGGAGUGCCGAUGACCUACACAGAGAGCUGAAUGCAUUGAAGAAUGCUAAAGGGAGAGCUGGAUGGCGCGAAUACCUAUGGCUGUCUUGGUGUAACGUUGCUCUCCAGGGGAAGUGGGAGUUUCAAGAUCCAAUGGCUAUGAAGUCUACUCCGAGUACUUUCAGCCAAGUUUUAGCAAGUCGAGACAGUUAUUAG